GCGGCUUCCAGCAACAACUUAACCUCAAUUUCGAGAUCUUUCUGCGGCCGUGGACCUGACAAUCUCCUUGUUUGUGGUGUUCUCUGCACUUGCACUGAAUCCUUGUUCCACGAAUUACUUUUCGGUUUGUCCUAUUAAAUUUUAAACAUGGUGGAUUACAGCAGGUGGAAAGAUAUUGAGAUUUCAGAUGACGAAGAUGAAACACAUCCCAACAUCGACACACCCUCUCUGUUUCGAUGGAGACAUCAGGCUCGGGUUGAACGUAUGGAAGAACAGAAAAAAGAACAAGAAGAGUUAGAAAGGAAAAGAGUAGAGCAUGAAAAAAAGUUAAAGGAGGCGCGUCAAAAGCUGGAAGAUGCUAAAAAGCAAGGCUUGGAUAUGAGUGAACUGUCAAAAGCCUUGAAAAGCCUAGAGAAAGAAGAGGAAGAGAUUAAUAAAAAGGCCAAUGAAUUGAAAUCAAAAGAGAAAGUUACCCCAUGGAAUGUUGAUACAAUUAGCAAACCAGGUUUUGACAAGACUGUUCUAAAUGUUGCUCCAAAACGGCCCAAGGAUGAAGAUUUGCCUGAAGAGGAGAGAGAAAAGAAAAUGAGAGAAUUUGUUAAGGCGCAUGAGAAAGAAUUAAAACAGUAUGGCAUGUUUAAGCGAUAUGAUGACUCAAAACGCUUUUUACUAGAACACCCACACCUUGUUGGGGACAAUACUGCAAAUUACCUUGUUAUUUGGUGCAUAAACCUGCAAAUGGAAGAAAAAGAGAAAUUAAUGGAGCAUGUUGCACAUCAAUGCAUUUGCAUGCAAUACAUCUUAGAACUUGCUAAACAACUAGAUGUUGAUCCCCGUGCUUGUGUUGGCCAGUUCUUUACAAGAAUUCAAAUUGCUGAUGCUGAGUAUAAGACAGCCUUUGAUGAUGAGCUUCGUGCUUUCAAAGAAAGAAUUAGGAAACGAGCCGAGGAAAAAAUAAAGGAAGCAAUGAAAGAACAGGAGGAGGAGGAAAGAAAAGCACGACUGGGCCCUGGAGGCUUGGAUCCAGUUGAAGUCUUUGAAAGUCUUCCACAGGAGUUGAAGGCUUGUUUUGAAACCCAAAAUAUUCCUCUUCUUCAAGAGACCAUUGCCAAAAUGCCUGAGAGUGAAGCUGUAUAUCACAUGAAACGAUGUGUAGACUCAGGUCUUUGGGUUCCCUCUGCGAAUGAGGGCAAGGCAGGUGGUGCAGAAGGGGAUGCUGAGGAUGUUGAGAAAGAAGAGGACCAGUAUGCAGAAGUUGGUGGUAAAGCUUAAAAGAUAAAGUGAUUCAAUCUUGCUGCAAAACUCAUCUGUAACUACUCUUUGAAAUUGUUUGUCUUAUGCUGGAAAUUCAGCAGUCUGCUCAUAAAAUAUUCUUUAUAAAUUAAUCUUUUACUGUGUAAAAUAUUUUAAAGAUAAUUCCUAGCAUAGUCUUUAUGUAUUGUUUCACCCCAUGUUCGUCUUACAUUUGUAAGAUGUCCCAAAAGCAUGUGUGUGUGUAUCUUCUAUUUUUCUUUCUGUUUUUGAACAAUUUUAUCUUGUUGUGAAGUUUCUAUGAAAUUAGCCAUCAGCUUUGUGAAAAAUAUUGUGUGAUAAACAGUACUGUAAUUGAAGGUAACAAUGCGUUUAUUGAGUUAUAGUUUCCCAAUUAAAAUGGACUUUACUCCA